AACGGCCGUUCUUUGCGCGCUCCAAUCAUAACGACCGUACGAGCCGUCCGCGCCCCAUCCGACAACGAACCGCCGCAACAGUCCUUGAGAUUGCUUGGCUGGGAGGCUGACUGGAAGCACGGUAUGGUGAAUUUCCUGGAAGCAUUCACGGUUGCAUUUGGACCUACCGCCUUUACGUUCGGUUAUCACCAUGUACUUGCAUACGCUUUUCUUGAUCUAGCUAGCCACCGCUACUACACCUGCCUAUUCGUGGUCGUCCAGCUCGUACCGAACCAGCUUUUUCCUUUCCUCGAAAUCCUGUCAGUAUUAUUUGCAAAGCAACUCAUCGUUGACAACGCCUGGGGCCUCUCACAAACCGAUCGGUGGGAAGUGUGAUCCGCAGUCAAUUGACUGACGAACAGCCACUACUUACUUUGGACGCCAUUCAACGCACCGUGGUCUGCCUUGAGUAGCUGAGCCGCAGCAGAUGGACA